CAGUGGUGGGUUGGGUUCAGUUGGGGGUAGGGGGUGGGGAACACAAGCCAAACAACUUCGUCUACGGCCUUCUGCGCUGCCUGACAAACAGAACUUGAGAGACGAACGAAGACAACCCCCGAGGAGGAACAUGUGGAUCCACCCGGAGGAGGUUCUGCUUGCUGGGCCUCUCUGGGUGUCCGAGCGGGCCAACCCGUUCUUCAUCCUGCAGCGGCGGCGGGGACACGGCCGCGGAGGGGGGCUCUCCGGUCUACUGGUGGGGACUCUGGAUGUGGUUCUGGACUCCAGCGCCAGGGUGGCCCCCUACAGGAUCCUCCUCCAAACGGCCGACUCGCAGAUCUUCUGGAACGUUGCCUGCGGUUCCUCGCGCAAGGAGAUUACAGAGCACUGGGAUUGGCUGGAGGCUAACCUGCUGCAGACAGUCGCCACUUUCGACAAUGACAGCGACGUCGCCACGUUCGUCCGGGGCAAGAUUUCCGGCCUGAUCGCAGAGGAGAAGCGGGCCACGACGGGCCACGACGGGCAGGAAGAGGAUUGCAGUAAGUUCCAGGAAGCCCAGCUGAAGAUGCGCAAACUGUUUGGGAUGCCCGAAGAGGAGAAGCUGGUCAACUACUACUCGUGCAGCUACUGGAAAGGUCGCGUGCCGCGGCAGGGCUGGCUCUACCUGUCCGUCAAUCACCUCUGCUUCUACUCCUUCCUACUGGGCAAGGAAGUCACUCUGGUGGUCCCGUGGACAGAAGUGACCCAGCUGGAGAAGAACGCCACCCUGUUGUUCCCGGAAAGCGUUCGUGUGAGAACUCGGGUCGGGGAGCACUUCUUCUCCGUGUUCCUCAACAUCAACGACACCUUCAAGUUGAUGGAGCAGCUGGCCAACAUGGCCAUGCGCCAGCUGCUGGACAACGAGGCCUUCGCCGCCGACCUCUCGCUGCCCAAACCCCGCAAGACCCUCAAGAACGUCUCCGCCCUCAAGAGGGAUCUGGACGCGCGGGCCAAGAACGAGCGUUACCGGAGCACCUUCCGUCUGACGCAGGACGAGCGUCUGGACGGACACACGGACUGCACGCUGUGGACGCCCUUCGCCAAGAUGCACGUGGUGGGCCAGCUCUUCAUCUCCAACAACUACAUCUGCUUCCGGAGCCGAGAAGAAGACCUGUGCCAGCUCAUCAUCCCGCUCAGAGAGGUUUCCAUCGUGGAGAAGGCGGACAGCAGCAGCGUUCUGCCGUGUCCCGUGUCCAUCAGCACCAAGAACAAAAUGAACUUCCUGUUUGCCAACCUUAAAGAUCGGGACUUCCUGGUCCAGCGCAUCUCCGACUUCCUGCAGAGGACUCCCGACGACAGCUCGUGGGGGGACGUCAGUCCUCUGGCGGCCGCGGCAUCUUCCGGCGUCGCCAAGGAGCGCCACUAUCACCCCGACGUGCCCACGGCCACACAAGGACUUCUGCAACUUUACCACAAAGACGCUCCAGAGGACCUGGGACCCAAAGCUAUGAAGGAGAAGAUGAAGGAGGAGGCGUGGAACAUCCACUUUUCCGAGUUUGGCCGCGGAGUCUGCAUGUACAGGACGUCCAAAAGCCGAGAAUUAGUCCUGGGCGGCAUUCCGGAAAGGCUCCGAGGAGAACUCUGGAUGCUCUUCUCAGGAGCGCGCAACGAGAUGUCCAUGCACGCCGGUUACUACGGCGACCUGGUGGAGCGGGCGGCGGGCCUGUGCUCUUUGGCCACGGAGGAGAUCGAGCGGGACCUGCACCGCUCCAUGCCCGAGCACAGAGCCUUCCAGAACGAGACGGGCAUCGGCGCACUGCGCCGCGUCCUGACGGCCUACGCCCACAGGAACCCGGGCAUCGGCUACUGCCAGGCCAUGAACAUCGUGACGUCGGUGCUGCUGUUGUACUGCACUGAGGAGGAGGCCUUCUGGCUGCUGGUGGCGCUCUGCGAGCGCAUGCUGCCCGACUACUACAACACCAGGGUCGUGGGCGCUCUGGUGGACCAGGGGGUGUUUGAAGACCUGACCCGGGCCUUCCUGCCCCUGUUGUACCAGCACAUGCAGGAUCUGGGCGUCAUCUCCACCAUCAGCCUGUCGUGGUUCCUCACCCUCUUCCUGUCCGUCAUGCCCUUCGACAGCGCCGUGGUCCUGGUCGACUGCUUCUUCUACGAGGGCAUCAAAGUCAUCUUCCAGGUGGCGCUGGCGGUGCUCCACGACAACAUGGACGCCUUGUUGGCCUGCAGCGACGAGGGCGAAGCCAUGACCGUCCUGGGAAGGUACCUGGACCACGUGGUGAACAAGCAGAUCGCCACGCCGCCUGUCCCCCACCUGCACGCCCUCCUCACCGGCGGAGACGAGCCGCCGCCCGAGAUUGACAUCUUCGAACUCGUCCAGUCCUCCUAUGAGAAGUUCAGCGGCCUUCGCUCCGAUGUCAUCGAGCAGAUGAGGUUCAAGCAGAGGUUAAAGGUGAUCCAGUCUCUGGAGGACACGGCAAAACGGAGCGUGGUGCGAGCCAUGGUGACCGAGUCGGCCUUCGGCAUGGAGGAGUUGGAGGAGCUCUACUGCCUCUUUAAGGCCCGGCACAUGAGCAGCCGCUACUGGGGCUCGGGCGGCACUGCGGCGGAGCGACACGACCCCAGCCUGCCCUACCUGGAGCAGUACCGCAUCGACGCCGCUCAGUUCUCGCAGCUCUUCUGCGCCCUGGCCGCCUGGCGCUGCGCCGGGCACGCGCCCGUCCUGGCCGGCCGACUCUUCAGGACGCUGGAUCGCGACCGCGACGGCCUGGUCAACUUCAAGGAGUUUGUCACGGCGCUGAGUGGGAUGUACCACGGCGACAUGACAGACAAGCUCAAGCUGCUUUACAAGCUCCACCUGCCGCCUGCGCUGUGUCCCGAGGAGGCGGAGUCCGCGCUGGAGGCUGCAAACUUCUUCACCGAUGACACGCCUAAAGAAUCUUCCGUCUUGUCUCUUAAAGACAGUUUUGGACCGCAGCAAGUGACAACAGGUGAGGACGCCAACGCCGAGUCUGACGGCAGCAGCGAGGAGAAGAAAGAGGACUACAGGUACUACCUGCGGAUGUGGGCCAAGGAGAAUGAGCCCAAGCAGGAAUCCAUCAAAGAUCUUCCUCGGAUGAACCAGGAGCAGUUCAUCGAGCUGUGCAAGUCGCUGUACAACAUGUUCAGUGAAGAGGAGCACGAUGAGCAGCAGCUCUACCACGCCAUCGCCACCGUCGCCAGCCUGCUGCUUCGCAUCGGCGAAGUCGGAAAGAAGUUCCACAACGGCGACAGGCAGGGCGCGGCCGGACGGCAGGCGCCGGCCGACAUCCGCCCGGAGGAGGCCCGAGACGACACGUCGGCGUCGUCGUUCUCCACGCUGAGCGAUGACGCGUCGUCGGCCGAUGAAGGCGGCGAGGGGCCGAGGAGGAGGAGGCGGGUCAGCGCGGCCGACGCCGACUGGUCCGUCACCUUCGAGCAGGUUCUGGCGUCCAUGUUGACCGAGCCUGCCCUGGUGGACUACUUUGAGAGGAAGAGAAGCAUCCAGGCCCGUAUUGCCGCUUGCCAGACACGCCGGGCGGCGGAGCGUCAGAGCAGCUCUGCCUCUUCGGACCGCGAACGUGGCGACACUUGACCUCUGGCCUUCUCGCGCGUCCUGGUGCUUCACGUUACUGGCAGCUGCCUGGCUGUAACCC